GACACACAAACACCAGCAACCCAGAAUGUUCUCGACCCUCGCCGACUAGGCAAGCAAAACUCGGGCUUCUCAGACGAGGACAUCUCCGACAUCAUAUGCGUCCUGUACCCGCACUCUGCGGCGGCGCGGCAGGAGGUGUCCCGGCUCGCGGCCGAGGCCUCGCCCUUCAUCAUCGGGCAGGACGAGGCCGGCGGGGCCGAGUACAGCACCGGUUACGAAGACGACCUGGGCGGCCAGGAUGGCGGGGGUUCGCUGUCGCCGCCGCCGCCGGCCGUGGCGCCCAGCUACGCCGUCAUCCUACGCCUCUCGUCGACCCUCAAGAGCCCGGCGGUCGGUUGCGCCUUCGGACGGAACCCGUCGCGCUGCGACAUCGUCUUCACCGGCGACCCCUACAAGCGCGUGAGCAACGUGCACUUCCGCAUCUACGUCAACGAGUACGGCAACGUCAUGAUAGAGGACCAGUCCACCAACGGGACGCACGUGGACAACCAUGUGCUCCACGGGCGACCUGCCCCCGGCCAACAGCAACUGCAGCAGCAGCGGCAGCAGCCGGGUGGCCAGCAGCAGCAGGCACACGGAAACCGUCGGGUCCUCAGCUCGGGCUCCGUCAUAAAGAUAUACCUGCACAGGCAGACGCAGGACCUCACCUUCCGCGUACGCAUCCCCAGACGAGACGAGGAGUACGAGCAGGCCUACGCCAACAAGGUAGUCCAGUACUUCGCAAGACACGGUCUCGCGACGGAGAACGGCGUCGCGCCGCCCGAGGAUAACGGGGGCGCUAAUCUUGCCCCGGCUCAUACCGGUCCUGUCGAUAUAUUCAAGACACCUGGGAGGGCGGCACAGCGACAGCAGCGGACUGCAGGCGGCGGCGGCGGCGGUGGUGGUGGUGGCACUAAUUCUCCUAGAAGGAAAUGGGAUGCCGUUGCCGCUGCCGCUGUGCAUAGGAGCAAAGAGUGGACCGGGUCGGGCAAGUACAACAAGGUCAGGUCUAUUGGGAAGGGGGCCUUUGCCGUCGUCUACAAGGUCACCGGAAAGUUUGACGGGAAACCGUAUGCUGCCAAGGAGUUGGAGAAGAGGCACUUUAUCAGGAACGGUGUUCUGGAUCAGAAGGUUGAGAAUGAGAUGAAGAUCAUGGAGAGGGUUCAACACCCUAACAUUGUUAGAUAUAUUGAAAACUUCGAAUGGGAUGACAGACUCCUCAUCAUCAUCAUGGAGUACAUCUCCGGCGGCGACCUGGGCCACCUCGUUGGCGCCAACGGCCCGCUACCAGAGGACGUAACGCAGAGCAUGGCGCGGCAGCUGCUGAGCGCGCUCGAGUACCUACACCAGAAGAACAUAACGCACCGCGACGUGAAGCCCGACAACAUCCUGGUCAAGUCGGUGGAGCCCAUCGAGGUGAAGCUGACCGACUUCGGCCUGUCCAAGAUGGUGGACAGCGAGCAGACCUUCCUGCGCACCUUCUGCGGCACCCUCCUCUAUUGCGCCCCCGAGGUCUACACCGAGUAUGUCGAGUACGAUGACAACGGUUACCGCAACCGGGGACAGAAGAUGCGCCGCGUGCCGGGUCAGCGGUACAGCCACGCCAUCGACAUCUGGUCCCUGGCCGGCGUCCUGUACUUCUGCCUCACAAAGUCGCCGCCUUACCCUGUCAGCUCCGGCAUCAGCUACUCGGAGCUCCUGCAUAAGAUCAUGACCACCAAGCUCGACGUCAGGCCGCUGCUCGCCGCCGGCGUCUCCGACGCGGGCGUCGAUUUCCUCUCCCGCAUGCUUCAGAGGAAGCCCGAGAACCGGGCCACGAUUGCCGACCUCGACAGCCACGCUUGGUUCCGCGGCCAGGGCUCCAUCAUCGAGGCCUCCCAGUCCUACGAUGACAUGACAGACGACGACGACCUGGCCGCCUACGUCCAGAGCCAGCACGAGCAGCAGGUUGGCGGGAAGUGGGACGCUCAGCUGGAGCACGACGAGGAGGAGGAUCGUAUCCUGGACUCCAUGGGCGAGGAAGACGACGACGACGGCGACGGCGCCCAGCAGAGGCUGUUUGGUGAGGUCGGCAGCUCGGCCGUCGGCAGCUCCGGUGCCGUUCACGACAACUUCCUCAACCUACCCGUCAGCCUGCGCGAGGAUUCGAGCCUCUACGAGGGCACGCCUGCCGGAACUAGGACGUAUCGUCCUGUAGAGGAUGACGACAACGGUGGUGCCGACGCUGGACAGCGUCGCCAGUCUGACGACCAGCUGCAGAGUCUGGUGGAGAAUGUAGCAUCGCAGAGCCUUGGGGGAAAUGGUGGCGGCGGUGAUGACGGCAGUGAAGCACAAGCACAAGCUCCGGCACAAGCACAAACACCGGCACCGGCACCUGCAGCAACCCCGGGUCCGGCGUCGUCUUGCUAUUCUAUUUCGGACGUGACAGCUAGCAAGAGGAAGCCGCCCCCGUCAGCCGACACGAGUGACGAGCAUGUUCCGCACGGGCACCCGGUCCUCAAGAGGCUCAAGUCCGAUAUUUACAUGGAUGACAUGGCCGAGGCCAAACUGCUUGCCUGCGUACCGGCAGUCAAGAGAUCCGAGUCAGGCCGGCAGAUUGACGAGCCCGUCGACAAGGUGGUAUACUGGCAGCAGGACAAGUCGACAUGGCACCUGGAUUACCCGGAGAUGACGCAGCUGCAGACGACGGCCUUCCAGCAGGCGGCCAAGAUGAGAGGCGAGACUUUCGAGCCGGGCAGGACCCCCCUCUGGGACCUGGCCAUGCGGUACUUCCCGUCGACGACGGCAGCCACGACGACAACAAUAACAGCAGCGACGACCAGGACGAGCACGAUGACGUCGCCGCCUACAUCAUCCCAGGCCGGCGACGGUAUCCCUUCCACGGCGGUUCUAGCAGACCACGUCCACACGCCCGUGCCCAAUCCCUCCCCCCAGGAGCAGCAGCAGAUUGUCGUGCCCGUGCACAGCGGCGCGUCGCCCGCCCGGGCGGUGGGCCUGAUCCAGUCGCACGCCAGAUCGUGCAUCAAAGACAUAUCCUUCUCCAUCACGGAACCCCUCGUAUCGUUCGGCCGGCACCCCGACAACACGCAGGUGUUCCGCGCGUCCAGGGAGCGCCGGGUGCCCAAGUUCGCCUUCGACAUCGCCGUGUGGCGCGAGGGCGAUGAGGCGCUGCCCCGGGCGCCCUACCCCUGGUCCUCGUCGACGGCCAAAGCCAGCGAGUACUCGUUCUGGAUCUCGACGAAGGCUACGGUGGGGAUCCACGUGAACGGACACGAACUGCCCUCCCGCGAAGCGACGACCCCGUCUGGUCUAUCGCGCAACUGGGCACGCCUCCACGACGGAGAUGUCCUCGUCAUAUGGGGGAAACCCAACGGGCUUGAGCAGACUACCCUGACAUUCCAAUGCUUGUGGGGCGGUGCAUCCUCCUCCUCCUCCUCCUCCUCCUCCUCCCGCGGUCUCUCCCCCGAAGCUUCUGCUUCCGCCGCCGGCAGCGGCCAAGCACAGGGCCUGGAUAUGGCGUCCCCCGAAGCAAGCCGGAAGCUGGACGACGCGUGCCGUAGGGCGGAGAGGCGCGCCCGUGAAGCGGCAGAGAUUAGGCGCCGCAGGGAAGACGCGAGUAACGACCUCGUCAGGCGGAAGCUGUCGGUGCACAGGGAGAGGGAGCGCAGCGACGCCUUCGAGGUGCAGAGGGCCGAGGCGGUCAGCAUUCUCGCGCAGCAGGCGCAGAAGCACCGGUCGGCCAGGGCUGCUUCGGCUGGGAUUGUGACGGCAUCAUCUACCAAGGAUGGAUCGCAUGCUAGUUUACUUAAUACUUCGAGGAUUUAUACCUGA